CCGUGAUGCUGAAGAAUGUUAUUUUUAAGCGCCAGGAUACUCGUGUUUUCAUUAAUUUCACAGAGCGAAUGAGUGGCAUAAGACCUUCAAAUUAAACGCUUACGGAGAAAAUGUGUGGGUAGAAAAAUGUUGACAAUAUCGCUUCGCCCAAUAGUUUUAAAUGGACCAACACAAGAUAGGAUUUUCUCCGGCGGCGAUGUACUGCAAAUGUAGACUAUCUUUCCAAUAUGGGCCUGUCUAAAGAGUCUGACCUUCGCACAAAGCCUGUCAUGCUGUGACCAUGAAGGGUCUAUCCUCCAGAUGUGCCUUCUGCCUGGGCUUCCUCGUGGGGACUCUCAGCCUGCACUUCUUCCUGAGGCAGGUGUGGUUUGAGAGGAGCUUCCCCAUGCUCGCAGAGCUCCAGGAAAGCCCAGCGGCAACUGUGGAGCGACAGGCCAGUGGCAGCAGUCGCUGGAGGAAGGAAGGAGCUGCCCUUGUCAACCUCCACCGCCCUCAUCACAUAGACGAGGACAACAGUGUAGCAGAGGAGCUGUAUCAGAAGGUCCGGAUCCUGUGCUGGGUCAUGACAGGGCCCAGCAACCUCCACAGCAAGGCCCACCACGUCAAGGCCACCUGGAGCCGCCACUGUAACCUGGUGGUGUUCAUGAGCUCUGUGGACGACCCCGACUUCCCCACCGUGGGCCUGGGGACUGGGGAGGGCCGCGACCAGCUCUACUGGAAGACCAUCCGCGCCUUCCACUACGCCUACGAGCACCACGCCCAUCAGGCAGACUGGUUUCUCAAGGCGGACGAUGACACUUUCGUGGUGGUGGACAACCUGCGCUGGAUCCUGUCCAAUCACACGUCCGAGGAGCCCGUCUACUUUGGCAAGCGCUUCAAGCCGUAUGCCAAGCAGGGCUACAUGAGUGGUGGCGCUGGGUACGUUCUGAGCAAAGAGGCCCUCAGGAGGUUCGUGGAGGGGUUCCGGACUAAGGUGUGCACACACACCACGCCCGUGGAGGACCUGGCCCUGGGCCAGUGCCUGGAGAAGAUGGGCGUUCUGGCUGGGGACUCUAGAGACACGCUGCAGCGUGAGACCUUCCACCCUUUUGUGCCGGAGCACCACCUCACCGGAAAGUUCUCCAAGAGCUUCUGGUACUGGAACUACUGCUACUACCCCAUUGUGGAGGGACCCCAGUGCUGCUCAGACCUGGCGGUGUCGUUCCACUACGUGGAAGCAGAGCUCAUGUACACGCUAGAGUAUUUCACCUAUCACCUACGACCCUACGGCUACAGAUACCGUUACCACCCCACCCCACCCCGGGACCUGGCCUUGCCAGCACACACAGACAGGGGGAGGGCAGUGGACGACCAGGGGACUGAGGUAGUAACCCUGCCAAUCUCUGUCACCAUGGUCACUGGGGAAAGGCUCACGGCAGUGUCAUUGAAGGUUGCAGAUGAAGUUUUGAAUUCUACGACAACGCCCAACCGAACUGCAGUCACACUGGACAAUGGCAUUUUGAGGAAUUGAAACAGUGAUUUUAAACGGUUACAGUACCAUUUAUCUUCUUUUUUUUCUUUUUUGCUGUUGUGUACAUUUUGGGGUGAAAUUUGACUAUUGCACUUGAAUUUCAUUUGAAGGCAUUGUGUAGAGUUUUGUAUUGCAAUCGUUAUCAGUUGUGAUAGGUUAAUUUUUAUUAUCAUUGACCCUUACCUGAAAUUACCUUUAAUCACUGAAGUUGCAGCGUUCGUGCUUGUUACUGUAUUUGAUAAUGCCAUAAACAUUUGUUCUGGGGGCUUUGUAGAUACUGAGUCAUCCCUGAGUAGGAGCGUACCCUAUGUCAGCUAUCUUGAACGGUUACUUGCUAAAAAAGAUAAAUUAAUAUUGAUUCCAUUAUGUCAUCAAGCAGUUACCGCCUUUUUGCGUGGAAAAAUUGGUCGGCACACACAGUAUUAUUUACUUAAUUUGUAUG